GAGAACAUCAACGAGAUUCGAAGGAUCCUAUUUGGAAACCGACAACAAGGAGGGCAAGGACAAGAACAGAGUUCAAAUGAGGGAGUGAUUGUAUUGUCGAGAGAACACGCAAGAGAACUAAGAAGGCAUGCCGAAUCAUCUUCAAGCCCAGAAGAAGAAAGAAACCCAAUCAUGAACUUGAAAAACCUUCAUGCUCGUUAUUCCAACGAAUAUGGUAACUUGUGGGAGGCUUGUCCUGAGGAAUUCCACCAACUCAGAGACUUGGAUAUCUCUGUCGGUUGGCUAGAGCUCAAAAGGGGAUCUCUGUUUCUACCACACUACAACUCAAGGGCCAUAGUGCUGGCUCAAAUUAUUGAUGGAAUGGCAAAAGUCGAAAUUGCAUCCCCACAUCUGGCUAAUCAAAGAUCAGAAGAACAAGAACAAGAACAAGAUCAAGAUCAAGAGAGAGAGCAGCAACAGCGGCAGCAGCAACAGCAGCAAGAGGAAGAAGAACAAAGUCAAAGUGAAGGACACAUUCAGAGGGUUUCUUCUAGGCUGAAUCAAGGUGAUGCUUACGUGGCCCUCGCAGGUCAUCCACUUGCCCUCAGAGCUUCAAAGAGGAAUGAUGUAAGGAUGAUCGCAUUCCUGCUCAAUGCUGAGAACAACCAGAGAAACUUCCUUGGAGGUGAGAGAGACAACGUGAUUAAUGAGAUACCAAGGGUAGUGAAGGAGAGGGCAUUCCCAGGGUCUGGCGAAGAAGUGGAGAGACUGAUCAAAAACCAGAAGAAAUCAUACUUCGUGAAUGCGCAGCGUCGUCAGCAGCGAGGUGAUGAGGAAGGAGACGAAGAGCGGGCUCCAUUGUCUUCCAUUUUGGAUGAAGAUGCUUUCUUUUGA